AUGGAUGAUGAUAAUACAAGUAAUGGUAUGAGCUAUUAUAACAAACGUUCUGGCGUUGGCCGUCGUGGAAUGAUCAGAAUUUGCUCAUCGAUUCUGAUUCCUUUUAUGAUUGGUUUGUUGACAUUUACGGUAUCGGUUGUUCAACUUUAUAUUGCAAGUGAGGAACGAGCACAAGAUUAUUCUAUAUCCGAAGCAAAUCGAGAUAAAGAUCGUUUUAUUGCUAAUAGAACGCGCGAACAAGAUUUGCUCAUUGCUAAUAAACUUCGUUGGGAUGCUAUAUUGGCUACUUAUAUCAAAGAAAUAUCUGAAAUCUUGAUAUCAUCGAAUUUUUCCUCCAAAAGCGUCGAUCCACUUGUUGCAACUAUUGUUCGAGCAAAAACAUUAACUGCUUGUCGUCAAUUAGAUACUGAACGUAAAGCAUGGCUUAUUCAAUUUCUUUAUGAAUCUGGUGCUAUUAUUGUCGGAAAAAAUCCUAUUGAUAUGACGAAUGCCUAUUUAGAUGGUAUCGAUUUGAGUACUUCAGUUUUCAACAGUAUACAACAGGCAAGUUUAUCUGGAAUUUCACUUAGUGGUGCAUCAUUGGUGAAUGCUUCUUUUGAUGAAAGAUAUCUCAAUGGAGCAAAUUUUAGUGGAUGUACAAUGAUGGGAGCGUCUUUUAGACGUGCUAGACUCGAUGAUGUUUCAUUUCAAAAAGCAGCACUAAGAAAUGCUGAUUUUACUCUUUCAUCGACGAAUCGUGUGAAUUUUGUCUGGAGUGAUUUACGUCGUUCAAAUCUUGAUGAUAAUCAACUUCAUUGUGCUAAUAGCUUCUAUUUGACUAUUUUGCCAAAUGGUACAUUUGGUCGUCAUCCGAAUUUUCUGACUAAUGGUAAUGCUGAAGAAGAACAAUCCUGCUCUUCGACGCGUCUAACUCGGAUACUUCAUAAUCGUUGGAUAGUGAUGCCAUCUCGACAUCACAGUAACGUUGGUUUUAUGUCAAUCAAUGCUUCACUUGUCCAACAACAGAGUGAUUAUAGAUGGACAGAAAAGAUUGCACAUUCUUCCAUUGAUGAAGAUAAUAAAACCAAUGCUGACAUUGCUUGGAACGUUGGCCGAUGCUCAUUUGUUACAACAGCAGUGCCUGUUUCACUCAUUCAACAUUUCAAUAUAUCGAAACCAUCAAGAUAUAUUGUUCUUAAGGAUUUAGAUGAUGGCCCGAGUAUAAAAAGUAUAUGGUUGAAUGAUCGCUAUCAUACAGCAUUACCUAUAAAAAAUUUCGUUCUUUAA